AUGAGCCGGAGCGGCGGAGCCGGGCUGCGCCCGGCCGCGCUCACCGGCCCGGGACGCUUCCGCAUGGUCCGCGAGGAGCCGGCGCCGGUGGCGGUGGCCGGGCAGCCCGGGGGUGGCAGGGGCGGCGUGCGCGAGCGUGCGCUGCAGGGGCCAGGGGUCGCCCGCAGGGGGCGGCCGUCGCUGAGCCGCGCUAAACUGCACGGGCUGCGGCACAUGUGCGCCGGACGCGCGGCGUCAGGGGGCUCCUUCCAGCGGCGGGCGCUGUGGGUGCUGGCCUUCUGCACGUCCCUUGGCUUACUGCUGUCCUGGUCCUCAAACCGCCUGCUGUACUGGCUCAGCUUCCCGUCGCACACGCGGGUGCACCGCGAGUGGAGCCGCCAGCUGCCCUUCCCCGCCGUCACCGUGUGCAACAACAACCCGCUGCGCUUCCCGCGCCUCUCCAAGGGGGACCUUUACUACGCCGGCCACUGGCUAGGGCUGCUGCUGCCCAACCGCACGGCGCGCCCGCUGGUCAGCGAGCUGCUGAGGGGCGACGAGCCGCGCCGCCAGUGGUUCCGCAAGCUGGCCGACUUCCGCCUCUUCCUGCCGCCGCGCCACUUCGAAGGCAUCAGCGCCGCCUUCAUGGACCGCCUGGGCCACCAGCUCGAGGACAUGCUGCUGUCCUGCAAGUACCGCGGCGAGCUCUGCGGCCCGCACAACUUCUCCUCCGUGUUUACAAAAUAUGGGAAGUGUUACAUGUUUAACUCAGGCGAGGAUGGCAAACCUCUGCUCACCACGGUCAAGGGGGGGACAGGCAACGGGCUGGAGAUCAUGCUGGACAUUCAGCAAGAUGAGUACCUGCCCAUCUGGGGAGAGACAGAGGAAACAACGUUCGAAGCAGGAGUAAAAGUUCAGAUCCACAGUCAGUCUGAGCCGCCCUUCAUCCAAGAGCUGGGCUUUGGGGUGGCUCCCGGGUUCCAGACUUUCGUGGCCACACAGGAGCAGAGGCUCACAUACCUGCCCCCACCGUGGGGCGAGUGCCGAUCCUCAGAAAUGGGACUCGACUUCUUUCCUGUUUACAGUAUCACCGCCUGUAGGAUCGACUGUGAGACCCGUUACAUCGUGGAGAAUUGCAACUGCCGCAUGGUCCACAUGCCAGGGGACGCGCCUUUCUGUACCCCUGAGCAGCACAAGGAGUGCGCAGAGCCUGCCCUCGGUCUGCUGGCAGAAAAGGACAGUAAUUACUGUCUCUGCAGGACCCCCUGCAACCUGACCCGCUACAACAAAGAGCUCUCCAUGGUGAAGAUCCCCAGCAAGACAUCAGCCAAGUACCUCGAGAAGAAAUUUAACAAAUCAGAAAAAUAUAUCUCAGAGAACAUCCUCGUUCUGGAUAUAUUUUUUGAGGCUCUCAAUUACGAGACAAUUGAACAAAAGAAGGCGUAUGAAGUUGCUGCCUUACUCGGUGAUAUUGGUGGCCAGAUGGGAUUGUUUAUUGGUGCUAGUAUCCUCACAAUACUAGAGCUCUUUGAUUAUAUUUAUGAGCUGAUCAAAGAGAAGCUAUUAGACCUGCUUGGCAAAGAGGAGGAUGAAGGGAGCCAUGACGAGAAUGUGAGCACUUGUGAGACGAUGCCAAACCACUCUGAAACCAUCAGCCACACUGUGAAUGUGCCCCUGCAGACGGCCUUGGGGACCCUAGAGGAGAUUGCCUGCUGACAGCCCUUGGACCACCUGGCGCCCCACAAACAGACCUUGAGGCCCAAGACCCAGGACAGGAGACCGCAGGCGGGGUGGCCCCCGAUGACAGAAAGAAGCAAGAGCCCCCUAUGCACACAUAGCAAACUAUCUGCCAAAACCCCGCUAUGGCCACGUCUGACACGACGCGUCCUCGGGCCCCGCCGUGCGUCCCUCUUAGGAGAAAUGAGUCACACUCUGGAACUGUCCACGAACCAACCUGCCAUCACAUCUCACUGCCAGAUGUAUAAAGCGCUUGCAUGCUCAGACUUCUCACGGCGCCACCUCCACGUCUGUCUCUGUGCAAGACAGCCCUCCAUGCGGUUUCCUGCGGCCACUCUGCGGCUGUGCAGUGGGACCAGGUCCCGGCCCCAAAGUCACCGAGAAACCCCGCUGGAAUCACAACUGCACCAUCAAGGGGCAAACCGCAGAACUGUCGACUACGUCUGGUCCUUGUAUAGUUUGUGAAGGUUCUUAACCAGCCCACAAACCCCUCCCCCAUCCACCCCGAGCUGGCCCAUGGGGUGACUGGGGCCACCCCCCGACCCCAGCGCCUGCGGCAGCCUGGGUGGCUCUGGCACUCACCCUCGGCACCCACGUCGUCCUGGUCCCUGUGACAUGGCUUGUACAGUCUGACUCUGUUUCUUUGGGGGGCUUUUGUUGUCUGUCAGAGGUCUGUUUUGUUUUCUGAUUUUUGGGUUUGAUGUUCUGAGGUUUGGUUUGAUUUUCCAUUUCCCUGGCAUUUAUUUAUUCGUGCUUCCA